AUGCCGUCGUCAAGGCCUAUACUGCGGUCGUUGGAGGCCUUACCUUCGCAAUUAACCAGUUCUCGCUAUGUUUGCACGAAUUGUCGCUGGCAAUCGCUACCACGAGCCCGAAAUCUGAUAUCCACGCCGCCUCGUCGAUACAACUCGUCCGGUAACCUUCCAUUCACCGAAAAAGUACGACGAAAGCUAUGGGGUACAGACAAUCCUCCAGGUUUAAAAGAUCCUUAUGGAGGAGAGAGCAUACUUGAGAGAAGAGCUCGUGAGCUCAGAGAAUCCAGGGAAGCUAGCUCAGCUGAGCCGCAAGGAACCUCAGAAGAGUCUGUCCAAGCAAUGGCAGAGGAAGACAAUGCUGAAGCCAUGGCAGAUUAUACUCCUGCAAUUAACUGGGAUGGGUUAGAGCAUGUUGGAUCUUUGGGUGAAUGGUGGGAGAAACCACCAACCGGGAUGGAUCGAUUUGAUGCAUUCAUGCGAAGGGAAAAAAUUACGAAUAAUAACGAUAUAUUGGCUAUCUUGCAUCAGGUUAUGGUUGAAUUGAGUGUUCUGAAGGAGCUCAACAAACCUCUGGGAGCUUCUUGCGAUAUCCUUGAGCAUGGGUCCGAGGUUCUUUCUCUUAUCAGCAAGGUUGAGGUAACCCCCUCUAACGAAGGGUCCGGAGCUGCAUUAGCUUUCCCAAGUGAAGAUGUGAAGGCCAAGGUCUAUGAAUUCUUCCGUGAAUUUGACUCCAUUCCGACAGAGGAACCAGUCGUUUCUGAAGAGCUUCCCUCCACAGAACCUGAGAUGGAUGCCAGCUCCGAAGCCAUGCCAGAAACCCCAUCAUCCGAACUUAGCCCACCAGCUAACACAAAGUUCUUGAACAUUUCUCUCAUAUCCCCCGAAAUGAAGUUUGCAUACUUGAAAAGAGUCAGCCAGUUGACUGGCCACAUCAUCCCAGACCAAGAGCUUUCAUCCAUGUCCAAAGUAUCUUCCGUCCAAGAUUUCCUUAUUCGCGCUUCGACCCCUAGACCCACAAAGCUUGCCGACCAGCUCAUUCUUGAGGGAACCUUCGAUGGUAUCCCUAAUGUCAAGAUCUAUGACAGGAGACAAACUCCCAUCGACCGUGAUAUCGAAACUGGCCAAUGGAAAGUCAUUGAGGAGGAACUUACUAAGAGAGGUCUUCCUAUUACCGGACGCAAAUUUGCAUGA